AUGACUUUUGCUGGCCAGAAGUUCAUCUACGUAUGCAACUACGAGAUUGCACAAGAGCUUUACGAUGGCGCGAGGUUCCAUAAGAUCGUGACUUCUGGAGUCGCAAACCUUCGUUAUGCCGCUGGCAAUGGUCUCUUCACGGCGCAGGUAGAUAAUCACGAGUGGGAGAUUGCCCACCGGGUACUUCUUCCGCACUUCGGCGCCUCAAAAAUCAGGAAUAUGUUUCCCAGUAUGAUCGACAUUGCAGAGCAGCUGUGUCUCAAAUGGUACGCCAAACACACCGCAACGCUCUGCACUAUGAGCUUCCGCUUCAACAGCCUCUACUUGGGUGACCGUGUACAUCCAUUUGUCGAAGCCAUGACAGCUGUCCUCGCCGAAGCGGAAACACAGUCAGGGAUACCGCCGUAUCUGGGCUUUUUGCGUUGGAGCUCACAAGCAAAGUUCUUCAAGAACAUCAACUUCAUGACUCAGACUUGCAAAGAGAUCAUUGGUAACCGGCGAGAUGUGGCCGCGGACACUCCUGACCUACUUGAUGCCAUGUUGACUGGACGAGAUGCAAAGACGGGAGAGGAGAUGACAGAGGAGUCCAUCAUCAACAACAUGAUCACGUUUCUCAUCGCCGGUCAUGAAACCACUUCAGGCUUGUUGUCCUUUGUCUUUUAUUUCCUACUUGAGAACCCCGACGCGCUUCAAAAAGCUUACGACGAAGUUGGCUCCAUAAUUGGCGGCGAACGAAUUUCAGUAAAUCACCUGCAGCAGCUACCUUUCAUUGACGCCGUACUCAAAGAAACCCUUCGUUUGAUGCCAACUGCUCCCGGCUUCUUCGUCACCCCUUUUAAGACGGAAAUCUUGGGAGGCAAUUACGCAAUCCACGCCGGUGAGCCAAUACUGGCUCUGCUUCAUCUCAUCCAAAGGGACCCCGCUGUCUGGGGAGAUAAUGCCGAGGAAUUCAAACCUGAAAGAAUGCUGAAGCACAACUUUGAAAAGCUUCCAAAGAAUUCUUGGAAGCCUUUUGGCAAUGGUAAGAGAGCGUGCAUUGGCAGAGCCUUUGCAUGGCAGGAGGCUCAGUUGGUAUGUUUCGUUUUUCAAUCAAGUGAAACCGACCUCAGCAACUUUGCGGACUCUGCUGAGAACUUUGCAUAG